GGGAGGCUCUGGGGAGGGUCUCUUCAUGUUGAUGCCCUAAGCCGAUUCUCCUCCCCCUCGAAAGGGUUGCGAUUUCCCUCCCCCACCAAAAAAAAACCCCUUCUACAUUCCCAAAUGCCUGUAGACUUCUGUGUUUAAAAUUCGGCCGAAGGAGGCACGUAAGAUCACCUGGAAAGGCAGAAAAUUGGCUGGAGAGACCUGUCAGGAUUAACACUGUAACUGGCCGGGGUGCGCUCGCAGCGUAGGAAACGAGGAAAAAUCCUUUUAAGAAUUGAUCAGCUAAGCAACGCUCACGGCUCGUCUUCAUUGGUCAUCAUGGGGGAGCAACCCAUCUACAGCACCCGAGCUCAUGUCUUCCAAAUUGACCCAAAUACAAAGAAGAACUGGGUUCCCACCAGCAAGCAUGCUGUUACUGUGUCCUAUUUCUAUGACAGCACAAGAAACGUCUAUAGGAUCAUCAGCUUGGAUGGCUCAAAGGCAAUAAUAAAUAGUACCAUCACUCCCAACAUGACAUUCACAAAAACAUCACAAAAGUUUGGUCAAUGGGCAGAUAGCAGAGCAAACACUGUUUAUGGCUUGGGAUUUUCCUCUGAGCAUCAUCUCUCAAAGUUUGCAGAAAAAUUUCAGGAAUUUAAAGAAGCUGCACGAUUAGCAAAAGAAAAAUCCCAAGAAAAGAUGGAAUUAACAAGUACACCAUCACAGGAAUCUGCGGGUGAUAUUCAAUCUCCUCUUACACCGGAGAGCAUUAAUGGGACAGAUGAUGAAAGGACAAUUCCAGAAGUGACACAAAAUUCAGAACCAAGGGCUGAAGCAACCCAGAAUGCAUUGCCAUUUGCGCAUAGUUCGGCAAUCAGCAAGCACUGGGAAGCCGAACUUGCUACGCUAAAGGGCAACAACGCCAAGCUGACAGCAGCUCUUCUUGAGUCCACUGCCAACGUGAAACAAUGGAAACAGCAGCUUGCUGCGUAUCAAGAGGAAGCGGAACGUCUACAUAAACGAGUGACUGAGCUGGAGUGUGUGAGUAGUCAAGCAAAUGCAGUCCAAACUCAUAAAACAGAAUUAAAUCAGACAAUACAAGAAUUAGAAGCAACACUGAAGAAAAAGGAAGAGGAAAUAGAAAAAUUGAGAGAAGAAAUUGACAAUGCCAGAGAGCUUCAGGCGCAAAGAGACUCUUUAACUCAGAAAUUACAAGAAGUGGAAGUUCGAAAUAAAGAUCUAGAAGGCCAACUAUCCGAUCUUGAACAGCGUUUGGAGAAAAGUCAGAAUGAACAAGAAGUUUUUCGCAAUAACUUGAAAACACUUUUAGAAAUUCUUGAUGGCAAAAUUUUUGAACUUACAGAACUACGAGAUAAUCUGGCCAAGCUAAUAGAAUGCAGCUAAAGAACACAGGAUCUCAGUGCCAAACUUCUUAAAGAUGCACUGUCUCUCUUCAUACAGGACUUUGUUGGGAUCUGCAUCAAAGUUGCACAAAAUUAGUAAAAUGCUCCUUCAGAAGGGCCUGUUUUAAAUUUUCAACAAUAUACAAUAUACAGUAUUUCAAUGUAAAAUUUCAGAGUUCAGCUUGUAGUUAGUUGAAAAAAAAAAAACAAUAACUUGAAGUACAAAUUACCUCCUUGUAUAUAAUUGGCCAUAGAUAACUCGAGGGUAUUAACAGUAAUUGAAUGCAAUCCUUUUCUAAUUAUUAGCCAAUGAAAUAAUAAGUGCUUCAAAUGACAUCCCUCUUAGUGUUCCACACAAUGUAGGCGAUCAGUUUUAUUUUCUUUGUUUAAGGCAAUUGUAUGCUGUGUUUUGUGCAAGAACUUUGUGAUGACAGCCCUCUCUUUUGUUGUAAUCUGAAUAAUUUCUCAGGAUAUUUUGUACUGUUGAAAAAAACAGUGCAUUACCAAUUAAUUCUUGCCAGGAGUGAGAGAGAGUUGCAUCUUUAAUUCAGACCUAAUGAAUUAAUGCUUGUAUAGAGUUCUUCCCUUUUUUUAUACUGGAAGAUACUGUCUUUAUUUACAAUGUUCACUCUGGUGUUCUAUAAUAUUGUCUAGUGUAUGGUUUACUUUUUUUCCUAUUGGGAAUUCAUGUAUGUAGAAAUUAUGUAUUUCAUUUUGUUAUGCAUUUUGAAGCCUAUCUAUGAAGACAAGCAAGUCCCUGAAAGGUAUUUUAAAUUUUGCUAUGUUCUAAUAAGGUUCAGUCUGAGCUUACUGAGUAUCACAUGGACUUAACUUUUCUUAUCAAAAUAUGUUUUAAAAUAUGUUUUAGUAAUUUAUUUAGCAAGAAUUCUGAAACUGGAAAUAUAGUUAUUGCUAGGGCAUUGACCUUGCUCAGGCAAUUAAAGAAAAAAAAAAGCAUUGUAUUAGCAUAGAAUUUUUUUUCUGCUGUAUGUUCAUGAAACACCUUUAUUGGGAAUGUGUGCCAGGCUAUGUUCUGAAUUUCAAAACAAGACCUGAAUUCAGUUAUCCUCAGUGAACCCCUUUUUAAGUUAUAUUGAUGUAAUUUACAAAGAUUUUUUUUGCCAAAUAUGUAUUUCUUUAUAUACCGGUAUAUAUUUUUUAUUUUAAAGGAAAAAAGAAAAGCAAACUGAGGGUCAAUCUAUGUUUCAUGAAUGGGAAUGAGCUAACCUUGCUGUAGAUUGUCUAAUAUUGUAAAAGAUUUUUAAAAAUUUAACAAAAAAAAAAUCAGACAACAAUGCACUGACCUUUUUAUUUACACCAAAUUAAUUUGGAUGUUAAAUAUAAAAUACAGCUUAAAUAUAAACUCUGUAUUUUUUCCACUUAAGGACUGCUAUUCAAAACUAGAUAAUAUAAAUUGGGUUUUUUAUGUGUGUACUGUAUGUAUAUACUGUAUAAUACAGGCACUCUAAUUUGUAUUUAAAAUGGGAUAAAUAUUUGGCUUAAUUUAUAAAAUGACAUUUUGUUUAUCUGUAAUUUAACAAGUGUCUCCUGAAAUAUCAGGAUUACUGUUAAACACUAAAUUAUGAUGUAUUAUACUAUAUGUACUGUACACAUCAUUUGUUUUGUCCAUGUUUUAGAGUAUUUUAUCAUUUAUUUUAUUUAUUAUUGGGAAAAUAUUUGUUCAUUGCAUUCAUAGAUAAAAGCUUUCUAUGGUGAUUUUUUAAAACUUAAUAGCUAAGUGUUGAUGAUGUGUAACCUUAUUGGUCAGGACAGUAGUGAUUACCUGAUUUUAAUUUACCUGAAGAAGUUUGCGCCUCAUUCUCUUGCUAGAUGAGUGUCACUCAGAAACAUCUUCAGCAAAGUAUAAAAUUGGUGUAAUUUGGGAUGAAUGAAGUUCUUGCUCGGUAUUCUUAAUUAUAGCAAGUUAGAGCAGAAAUAUGAUGGCAAAAAAUGUAAUAUUGUUUUUAAUAAGAUCAAAAAUUUUAAUACAAGGACAUUUACAUGUGGGAAAAAAGUUUACAAAGUAAUUUCCACUUCAAUGCUGUUUAUAUGUGUUGUACAAAACUUAUUCGUAUAUGUACACACACAUAUGUAUAUACAGUAUAUAAAAAAAAAUGUGCACAUUUAGAAUAUUUUCCUAUUGAAAUUAAAAAUAGUAAUCAGAAAUCAGUAUUUGGGAAAUUCUUUUCUCAUGUAUAUUUAGAUGCUUGACUUUGGGUUCUUUUGUUUGUAAAAUAAAAUCCAAGAGGGCUGAACCACUGAAUCCCCAAAAGUCAUCUAACAUGUAUAUGGGAUAAGGUAAAUAUAAGUGCACAUAUAAAUUAAUUAUAUUAAAAAAUCUUUUACUGUUCAUUUACAUUAGAUGGGUGUUAGAAAUUAUAUGUUAACAAUUACACUCAGUUUUUCUUAACGAAAUGGCUCUCCUGCACUAGCAUAUAUUCCAGAAAAUACUUUUGAUUGUCAUAGACUAAGAAAAGCAAACAAGAAUUUACAUCAAAGAACAAUCACAUUGUGUAUAACUUGUUAUAUGACAAUUAUGGAGUCUUGUUAAAAAUUCUUUUAAAACCCAACAAAAUACAGUUUUUAUUUUGAAAUACAAUUGCUGUUCUGGAGAAUGUACUUUAUUAUUUUUUCUUUCUCGAACUCUUUUUAAGAAUUAUAAACUGUUCAUCAAUGGCAGCAUUUACCUUAAUUCUUCAGGUGCUACUGGAUUUUGAAUUAGAGUGUCAUGUUGUGAAAUUAUGACUUUGACAUAAAAAGGUUUUAUAAGUAUAUCCCUGUCUGGAAGUUGGUUAUUGGGGCCUCAUUCUCAUAACUCUACUCCAGAAUUUUCCAAUAAUUUCAUUCUUCCAUCUAGAAUUUCUUGAUCCCAGGCCACAAAAUUCAUCAAAUGAAACUAAUAGACACCAGUUUCAUGAGUGAGCAAAUUGGGCUUAUUCAGAAUCAAGUGGCUUUUGUUGCCUACUGACCA